CAAUCUUCUCUCCUCGAAAAAUGUUCUCGAAUUCCAUGUGUCAUCUUUAUAUACUUUCUUCAUUCCAACGUUUCUCCCUCACAUCACAUGUGCCACUUCCUCAAACCAAUAAUCAUCAUUCUACAAUACCUUCAAAACAACAAAGAAAAACACUUCCAUUCUAUUCAUAUCUUAUUUUACAACAAAAAAACAAGAACAUCUUCAAACACAAACAAAGGUUUUUCAUCAACCGAAACAAAACAACAAACACAAAACAUUGAUCCUAUUCUAUAGCUAUAUCUUCUCUUACGUUCUUUUUUCUUAUCAUCUUCAUUAAUAUUAAUAUUUUUCAUCUGAAAAUAAUUAAUAUCCAGUUUUAGGUUUAUUAUAUUUGCUGAAAAUAAUUAAUAUCCAGUUUUAGGUUUACUAUAUUUGGCAAAAACAUCAAAACUAUUUUUACCAUAAUAACAACCUAAGACGAACAUAAAAACAUCUGUUGUUUUUUUCUUCCUUUUCAUAAAUUUUUAUGAUUUUUUUGGAAGAAGAAAAAAUAUAUUUUGAAGAAGGGAUUGUUGAGAGAAUUCAAAAGGGUGAUUGAAUCAACAAGAAAAAAUGGCUACCGAGGCGUUUAUGUUAAAAGAAAGCGCCUAUUUUUCAUUAAGAGCAUUGAAGAGUCUUUUUGUGUUAAUAUCAGCUAUUGUUAUGGUACUUUUGUUACCAUUUAGAGGGAGAAGAAGGGUAUCUCCUGUUGAAAAAGAAGAGAAGAUACAAAAUCAUGAGUGUUGUCAUCAUCAUCGGAAAGGCACGGUGGUGCGCGUUCCGGCAAAGAUUGUGCCAUGGAAGAGUGGUGGUGGUGUUGGUGUGGUUUCCAUGAAGGUGUUGGAUCCUAUGAUGAGGAGGGAAUUGGCUAUAAGGAGAGUUUUGGAGGAUGGUGAUGAGAAAUGUUUGAGGGAGUAUUGGCUUUUUGGAACCAAAAGGGGUGAUAUAAUUUUCACACAAUGUUGGACUCCUCUUUCUGUUAAGAUUAGGGGACUUGUUAUUCUUAUGCAUGGUCUUAAUGAACACAGCGGACGAUAUAAUAAUUUUGCAAAGCAGCUGAAUGCUAAUGGCUACAAGGUUUAUGGGAUGGAUUGGAUUGGUCAUGGUGGCAGUGAUGGUCUGCAUGGAUAUGUCCAUUCUCUUGAUCAUGCAGUUUCUGAUUUGAAAGUAUUUAUUGAGAAGGUUAUAACUGAAAAUCCUGGUCUUCCAUGUUUCUGCUAUGGACACUCAACAGGUGCAGCAAUUACUCUUAAGGCAUUUCUUGACCCAAAGAUUGAAGCUUGCAUAGCUGGUGCUACAUUCACAUCACCUGCAGUUGGAGUUGAGACUUCUCAUCCAUUUUUGUUGGUACUUGCUCCAAUAGCAUCACUAUUGCUGCCAACGCUAAAAUGUAAUUCUGCAUACAAGAAAGGGUUGCCAGUUUGUCGAGAUCCGGAGGCUCUUAUUGCGAAAUAUUCAGACCCGUUGGUAUGCACCGGAUCACUUAGAGUACGAACUGGCUAUGAGAUUCUUCGAAUUACAAGCUACUUGCAGCAAAAUCUAAGAAAAAUGAAAGUUCCAUUUCUUGUUCUACACGGCACUGGUGAUUGUGUGACUGAUCCAACUGCCUCACUAAAAUUGUAUGAAGAAGCUUCAUCAAGUGACAAAAGUAUCAAAUUGUAUGAAGGAUUUUCACAUGAUCUACUAUUUGAACCUGAAAGAGAGGAUAUCACUGAAGAUAUAAUUCAAUGGUUGAAUAUUAGAGUGUGAAAUUAGUUAAAGCAAUGAGGGGGAAAUAUGAUGGAAUUUUAUACCAAAGAAAAUGAUGAAGAGCCAGCAUUUAGUGGUCAAUUUUAUGGGCUGUAAUUGAGAAAAAGCACUUGAGGCAAUAUAUAGCUGAGGCAUACUUUUAUUUUGCUUCAGGCAAUAUAAUAUAAACUGUUAAGUUUAUUUAUGAACUAGCUAGCCAAUAUUUCUUGAUA